AUGUCCGCAUCAGGUGAAGUGGGGCCCGAACAAAAAAGGAAGAAAACUGGAAACCUGAAAGUGACUAGAGAUUGUAUUAGAAAAACAGAAGAAAUUCAGAAUGUGGUUCUCAUUUUGGAAAGCCGUCUAGAGAAACUCCAUGAUGAAGAAGGCUUGCAUGAACUGUUACACGCUGAUACCACAAGUGAAGUGUUGAGAACUGGGCCUACAACAGAGCAAUGGACACCUAGGCAGAGUGUGGGAAAUCCUUUUCCAAACACCUUCUCACCAUUGCCUUCCCAGGCUCCUCUGACUCAGGGCCAACUGCCUCUGGUCUCUCCCCUCUCAGUAGAACAUCAAGAAGACCAGUCUGACUUGAAAAGAAUCCCACUGGGUACUGUGCCCCAGAGCUCUGGUCCUGGUACCUCAUAUCUGACAUCCAUAAUUAGAAACAACUCAGGCCUUGACCCCUGCAACCAUCCCAUUUCUAUACUCUUCUGGUGGUGGGCAACUGCCAAGGCCUUACUUUUCCCUAGCUGGGCACAUGCAAAAAACCAAGAAUGUCUGUCUCCCCUACCACCUGAAGCCACCUUGGGAGACCCCACACACUGGCAGACAGAGGCUGGGGGGCUCUCCUUCUUAGAACCAAAUGUCCAGAAACAUCUGGAGUCACUGAUCACCAAAAGAGCGGAUCUAAAACUGUGGGAGAAAACAGAUAAAAAAGGGUCAUUUUUCCAGCCAACAAACCCAGACUAUCCCCUGGAUUCUCCAGGUAACCUAGUGAAGUUAAAAGGUAACCCACAAAACACUGGGUCAAAUUCCUUCUGGACCAGGAAAGGGAGACCACAGGCACUUCCCAGUUCUCAACAGCACUCUUAUUCCAUAGACCUGGGGAAUAUAGUGCAAGAGAAAUGCAUCCAGCUUUUCUGGGGUCCGCCCUCUCUGCACAGUGAGUCCCUGGUGGCUACCGCCUGGGUCCAUAACAGGUCUUCCUCUGCCCAACCUAAAGCUGUUGCGUUCAACAAAGUCUCGAACUCCCUCCCAGUUCAACAUCAGGCUGAAGGACCUCCACAGCUUUUCUGUGCUGAGCAAUUACCCCAGGAAGUAGCCCAACCCCAACUUUGGAGGCAAAGCAUGUCACCAUCAGUGGUUCAGAUACAGACAUGUUCUUCCCCAAGCCAACCACCUUCUUCAUCCCAGAUUAGGUCCUGUAUAAUAACUUCCUCUAGGUCCCAGCAUAAGGCACAAUCACUCACCCCAAAUGAAGACCAGAACCUGGAAUGUCCCUGGCAGAAACAACUGAAAUGGAAGAAGGUUUUAGCCUCUAAAUUCCAAAACUCUCAGGAAGCCAUUAGGCAACCCACUCUCAACCAUCCCACAGGCAGUCAGGACACCCACACCACCAAGUCAACCCCCAGAUACAUGAUGACAGCUCCAUCAGCAUUCAUCAGAUUGGCAUCCCAGGAGCUGAAGCAGCCUGAGGACAAAUUCCCAGAGAAGCAUGAGUGCCAAGCAAAGGACAAGCAUGGGCCCUUCCAGCCCAUCAAGCCUUCUGAUCUCACUGGUGAGAGUAGCAAGGGUAUACAGAAGGUGGGGUCACAUACUCUGGAAGAUCAUCUAAGAAAAGUCUAG